AGGUUCACAUCACAACCUAUAAGUGCAGUAUAAAACAUAACCAUAGAAUAUUAGUACGAGAGAAAUAUGUGUUUGUAUUUUGUGUUCCUCGUCGCCAUUACUACCAUGACGUCGGCCUUACAGCUGCCACUGAUCGAGGUUUUCACUGUAGCCAACAAAGACUAUACUAUCAUUGACUUUAUAGACAAGAGCUACCAGCCUGUUUUAAUUCCCUGGUCCCUGAGGCGUCGUGAUGUGGCCGCCCUCAAACCUUGGACGUUCCCGGCUCUUAACACCAGCUUGGAGGCAACCACCACGUUCUGUGUUGCCUCUGAGGGAUCAAGAGCAGUGAAAGAUUGUAUAGGAAAAGGCGAGAGAGACGAAGAAGGUGAACGUGAAGAAGAUAGCAAGAGAUGUACAAGUGAGGAGGUGGAUGCACAAGUGUCGCUGAGGAGGUUCGGAAAGGAGGGUGAGGGACGGUGGGGUCACGCCUUCACCACCAUCACUAAAGACAUCGGGUCAGCGGUGGUGGUGCCAAGGUUCCUGAACGACGCUGACCUGACCUCUGUUGACCUUACGCAAACAGGCUUACACCACGUACGUCGGGGGUGGACGAGCCAGGUCUACGAGAAAGACACCACCACCAGCGCCUCCGUCAUGUGUGUGGUGGAGGGUCGCCUCUCACUCACCCUCACGCCCUUCACACUAGCCUGGGAUCAACUCAAGUGUGGCCCGGAGGUGUGUGAGCUGUCCGCCACGCCCACAGAGGAGGAGAAACUGAACUCGGAGAUCCACGCCUUCCUCACACACGCCUCCGUCUUACCCCGCGGCUGUCUCUACAUGCCCCCAGAAUGGCAGUGGUCCGCUGAAGCUCCUGUCGACACCACCUGCCUCUGGUUCACUUGGCAGGAUGAUCUUGUUAUUCGAGAGGACGUCCUCAAUCACCUCUUCUCUCCUGAUGAAGAUAGUGCCUCUACGGACGAUGAGGUGGAAAAACCCUCAGUAGACAAACCUGGAGAACAGAAGAAAAAGCAACGAGGAGCACCUGAGGGUCAGCCACGAAAGGCGUCCUCUACACUGUGGGAGGCACUGCCGAAGGGCCACAAGCGCCCCCUCCUGCUGUGGGGGGAAGAGAACCCCUUUUUUCACUUAAUCCGUCGCUACCUACUGUCUGACCGUCACCUCCUCCUCCACACCUUCCUCGACCAGUUUCCCAUUGACAGGAUCUUACUGCCUGAUCUAGUGGACUGCCCUAGGGAGUGCCUGACCACCGCCACCACCAUUUUCACUAUCCUGGACACGGAUGGUGAUGAAGUACUGACGGCAAGGGACGCCACCUAUCUGACGCAGGACACCUUCUCCUCCCUCACCCACCACCUGGAUGACCUGGUGGACGAGCUGAAGGACCUCGCCAAGGAUCAAUGGAAGGAUGUCAAGGAGACAACUGAAGAUGCCAGACAAGAGUUCUUGAAGCGGGCUAAGGAACGGAUGGUCGCUUCGGCUAUUGCGUCAGUCAACCGCUGGAAAUCUGGAGACCUGGAGGGCGUGGACGAGGAGUUACUGAAGGAGAAUCUACCGGAUAUAUACGCCCAGAUCCUCACUGCCAGGGAAGAGACUACUGCCGCCCCUCCGCUUUCUUCAACAGGUCGGGAGGAGUUGUAAGACGCUGCCCACCCAUGAUCUCCGCCUCUCUCCUCUGAACUCUCACGUCAUCUGUAAGGUGUGUAGACGUUAUACAGAACACCUCAAUAUACUGACUUAACUUUCCGAUAAAUAAGUUCCUAGAAGAUUGAUUAUUGACAUAAUUGUUAUCGACAAGUGCUGACAAGUGCUAAAACGUGGCUACAAGUGUUAAAAACUGCCGACAAGUGCUAGAAAGUGCCGAUAAGUGCUAAGAAAUGCUGGCAAGUGCUAAAAAGUGCUGACAAGUGACGACAAGUGUUGAAAAGUACCGACAAAUGCUAAAAAUUACCAUUAAAAAGUACUGACAAAAAGCUGGUGGUGGCUGCUGUACCUUACGUUUAAAGAAACCACAUCAAAACUCGUAAGAUAGGAUGAGUUUUUUCGUAUAAUAUUUGGCUGUAUAAUUAAUUCACAAGUGAAAUCUAAAUAUAUACUUGCAAUUUCAGAUCUUAAAUGUACGAUGAUGAGAAUGCCAGAGAAACGUACACAGUAAGUCCACUAACACACACACACACACACACACACACACACACACACACACACACACACACACACACACACACACACACACAC